UGAAACAUUCUGACAGCUUGGGAAAAACGAACCGGUUGAUAGCAAUUUAUUCAUAGUGCAGGCUGAGUGGUGCUGGCGAAUCUAGCCAUAUUUUAUUCAGUCUAAAUAUGACAUAAAUAUCUAUCUGCGAUGGAAAUUGUUGGUGAAAUUGUCUGUGUCUCAACUAAGUUGUGUGACAGCUAAUACGUUUUUGGAUCCGCUGAUACAAAUGACUCCUUCAUUCCAAGCAAGGCAGCAAAUACAAAGGAGCGUUAACUACUAUCUGGCACAAAUGGACUGUUCUUUAAUUAAAAGAAGACUAUGGAAAUGGGUAAUCAACAUCCUUCUAUAAUCAGGAUCCAAGAAACUCAGAAGGACGUUCAAGCUAUUGCUUUACAUGUGACUACAUUCAGUGGCCUACAGAAUGAUAGAGAAUAUCAGAAGCUAGAAAGAGAGCUGACAAAACACCUACUUCAACUGGACAAUAUAGAUACUGAAGGGAAAGCAGAUAUCCAACAAGCAAGAAGAAUGGUAGCUCAAGAAGUAGGAAGGCUUCUAAAAGAACUGGAGCAAAAUGCCAACCACCCUUCCAGGCUGGAGAUAGAGAAGCUUUUCCUUGAGGCACAAAAAAUGGUUGCUCAGCAGGUUAGUUGUUUUAGUGGAGGUAAAGCUUGCAUAACUGAUGAAACUUCUGAUUGCCUUCAGGACAUUGUUCUGAGACUGACUCUGGUGAAAACUGGAGGAAGAGUCCAUUUACGGAAAGCCAGGUACAGAGCACUUACAAGGCUUUGCGCUGUGCAGGAGAUUAUAGAAAAAAGCAUGCGGCAGCAGACUUUGGCACUCCCUCUGUCUUCAGAAGCACAUCCCUGUAUCUCUAAAAUCAAUUCUACUAUAUGUGAAGUUAACAAAGCAAAAGGCAAUUUGAUUAAUGUUUUGAUGAAUUUAGAUGCAAAAGAGACAUGUGGACAUUUAGCCCGUGUUCUUACUGGACUGGUGCUAGAACUAGAUGCUCAGGAUGUUUCUGGUCAUGCAAACAUAAGAAAUUAUAGGAAAGAAGUGGUUGAUGAGAUUAAUGUUCUACUUAGAUACCUAGAUUUAGAAGAAGAGGGUAGUUCUGCAUCUGGUUAUGACUUGGCACAGAAUGACUCCAUCCAGAAAAUAGAACAAGUUAACAGACAUUUGGCAGAGCUUAGAGAAUACCUUUUGAAAAAUGAAAACUCCACAGAGUUCUGUUUCAAACCCAAGACUGAACUACAGAAGCUGCUCAUGCAAUUGGAUGAAGUCGAUACAGGGAAAAACCCUUGUAUAAGGGAAGCCAGGAGAAGAGCUGUGGUGGAAGUGCAAGCAUCUGUAGCUUACUUUGACCUAAAAGAGGCACUUUGGAAAAGACAGAGUUUUUGUCAUCAGGCAGUAAAUGAGCAUCCUUCACAUAAAGCUGUCUGGGAUGUCCUGGGAAGUCUUUCAAGGCUUCAGAGAGAGGUGAUUGGCUUUCAUGGAGCCAGGACUGAUAAGAGUUAUAUGAGAUUAGAGGAGCUUCUUACCAAGCAGCUUCUUACUCUUGAUGCCGUGGAUGUACAAGGAGAUGAAUGUUCCAAAGAAGCAAGAAAACAAGCUGUUAAAUUUGCCCAGAAUAUCCUGAGUUAUCUAGACAUGAGGACUGACGAGUGGGAGUACUAAGUUAUUGUGUCUUGUAAUACGCACUUUGUACAUGGCAUGUAUCAUUGCUAAAUGCAUUUCAUUCAUGUUGUUACUUCCAUAGAUUGUUUCUCGGAUUAAUUAUGUACUUACAUUUAUUAACUGUGACGGUGUUCAUUCUGUCUGAUCUACUUCCAAACUGCUGCUUCAUUCCAAUGUAUUUGCUGGAUAUUGUUUCAUUUUCAUUUCUUUAAGAAGGUUCACCUAGGAAAACAGUAAGAACUAUGACAGUUUGUAUUUCUUAACUGUAAUUUAAUUGCUGCAUUGCAAAUCUCUCAACUGUCCAGAUUUUUGCAGAAUGUCCAGGUUUUUGCUUAAUAAUUUUGGUCUUUUUCUCAUAAAAUUUGU